GAGAAAAAAAAAAUAUACGUCAAGCAAUAUCUAGUGACACCUCAAAACAAUGCAGGACAAGAAACAUUUGCAUAUAUUCAUUGCCAUAGCAAUUGUUCUCUUGAUUGUGAUGGCAGGUAAAAUAAACGCUAUUGAUGUUCAUGAUGCUGUUUGUUUUCGGUCAGAGUGUACAAGCGUAUGUGAUCAGAUUUGCUUAAGCAAAGGGUUUAAAAAUGGAUGGUAUUGUGGAACAUUUAGACUCCAUACUGGAUGUUGUUGUCUUAAAGAGAAAGAAUUCUACAAAAAAAUAUCUCCAUCAGAAAACUAAAUAUCUAUCUUGAUUUUCUUCUUUGUAUGAAAUUUCUAAUGUUAUGGUAUGAAUAAAAUUUUACAUUAUGUGAAGAAACAUAUCUUAUAUUUUACCUUUUGGUUUUAU